GGUUCUUUACAAGUUAGGUUUGUGUUUUUUAUUAUAAUUAAAUUUCAUUUAUCGCUUUCAAAAUGAGCGCUGCAAGUGUUAAAAGAGAAAUUUAUCGUUCAUUAAAUGAGCUGGUGUGCCUACCGCAGUGUUUGGUUGGUCAAAAUAUUCUAAUUGAUAUGCGGAAUGAAACAUCGGUAGCCGGGAAAAUAACGAACGUUGAUGGAUUUAUGACCAUUUUCAUGAAAAAUGCUGUCUACAUCGACGAACUGGGUAAACACUAUCAAAUGGAAGAAUUCAUGAUAUAUCCGCGAUGUGUUCGAUACAUCCAUAUUCCAGAAACGAUUACGAUCGUACCAGCAUUGGAGGAACACAUCGCGAAAAUGACCGCACGGAAACCGAAAAACCCUACUAAGAUGACAUUUAAAAUAAAGCGGGCUCGGCAAUAUCAACAGCAAACGUUAGCUGAGAACAAGAUGGUAUGAGAAACACUUUAAUUGGAACAGUAAUGUAUUGCACACUAAGUUUAUAAAUAAAGGAAUGCAGUCAC